AUGGCUGUAGUAGAUUCUAACUAUCAAUUUAUUUACGUAGACAUAUUAGGUGUAUUUGGUAAAGAUUGUGAUUCAUCUGUUUUUAAAGAAACUGUUUUUUGGAAAUUGUUAAACGAACAAAACUUAAAUAUUCCAACAUCAGAACCAUUAAAUAAUUUUUUUAAUGAAAAUUUACCUUAUGUGUUAGUUGGCGAUGAAGCUUUUGCACUUUCUAAUAAUCUAUUAAGACCAUAUGGAAGGCAUCAAUUAAAUAUAACUAAACUUAUUUUUAAUUAUCGUUUGACACGUACCCGCAGAUAUGAAAAAUGUACUUUUGUAAUCCUUUCAAACAAAUGGCAGAUUUUACAUAAGACUUUAAAUGUUUCUAAACCAUUCGCCAAAGAUAUUGUUAAAGCGUGUGUAAUUUUACACAAUGUGGUACGCAAGAAAGAUGUUAUUAAUUGGGCGAGCAAAUUGAAAAUUUAG